AAACUUUUUUACGUCCACGUCACCAUGAUUCGGGGUCUUUCACGAUGAUACCAAUGAACCAUCUCCCACCGUUUGAUCACAACCCCCGCAUCCAUUAAUCACCUUCUUAUCCUCUAUUAUUUUAAUAUAUCUCUUCUUCCGCUAAGCCAAAGGCCGAAGCAGUUAUAGUUUAUAUUAUGAAAACAGGGGAAACCAAAGCGCACGUAGUCAAAGAUCCUUUCUCUGAUCUGCCUCUCAUUGUACUACAAAAACCCAGAGAUCCUUUUCUUCCUUUCUCUAUCUAAAAGUCUCCGUAGCAUCAAAAAGAGCAGGUUUUUGAAGCAACAUUUAUGAAAAUGGAAAAUGGGGUAGGAAUGAUUGACGAUUCUGUUAUGGUAGAUAAUAAGAUUGUGGAAGAAAGGGUUGCCAAUGAGAAAGUGGAGGAGAGGGUAGUUGGGGGUACCGAUGAAACAACAGAUGCGGAAGAUGAGGUUUUUCAGGAGGCAAUUGGAACACUAGAGCAUUUGCAGGAGCAGACAGAAAAAUCUGGACUAGGGGACGGCAGUUUAGUUGCCGAUGCAAUUGGAAAUGGUGAGAUAUUUGGUGACACUGGUUCAGAGGAAGUACUGAAGAAUUCAAAUUUAGAACCUGAAGCAGAGACCUUUGAAGAGGCUAUUGGGGUUCCAACUAAGGUGGGGUCUCAGGAGGAUGUGGUUACAAGUGUGGUUGAACCUCAGGAGGAUGUGGGAGUGUCAGUGGAUGAGCAGAAAGUGGAGGAACUGUCAGGUGCGGAGAGUGUUGGUGGUGGUGUGGUGGCUGAUAAGAUUGAUGAGGGAGGGACUGAAAUGGGAGCAGGGACUGAUAAAUUGAAUGGUGGAAAGGAGGUAGCUGAAAUUAGUGGUACUGGAGAAACAGAAGUCUUGAGUGAUGAGAAUGAAGGAAAUCUGAAGUCUGAUACAGUCAUUGAGAAGCCUGUAAAUGCUGAUAAGACACAUUUAGAGGGUACAUUGACAGACGAAAAAUUGGAAACUUUGGAAGGUGAUAAGGUGGAGGAGAAUGUAAAAGUGGAAUCCAAGUUAGAGUUUUUGCCCCGAGAGGGUAAGGGUGAGGAAUCAAGGGAGGAUGCACUGGCUACUGAUUAUCAAGACACAAAGGUUGGGGAAUCUGCUGGUACUUCAGCUGGCAUGAUUGUCAAGCUCCAAGAUAAUGAAGUCGUUGAAGAAUUGAAUAACAAGUCCGCUAAUGUUGAAACAGGAGAUCAGGGAAAAGAGAGUAUGGAAGCAAAAGGUGCCACAGCUGGCAUGGAUUCAGUGGAUGGUGGAGAUGAGGUUGAAAAAAUAAAUAAGGCUUUGGCUGCUGUGGAGGCAGAGGAUAACAGGAAUGGUCAAGUAAAAGAUUCAUCAGAUUCAACGGACAUAAAUUAUAUUGGUGAGAUUGAUGAACUGAAAGAUAAGCUGUCUGAGCUGAGUAAAACUGUGGAAGGGACAGUUGCUCCGGAAUUUGGAAACUUAUCUUCUUCAGAAAAGUUUACAGGUGAGGGGAAUGACAAGAUUGAGGCUGGUAAAACUGAUUUGAGAACAGAGGCUAAUGAUGGUUUUCAAUCUCGGCUUCCUGUUGAAAUGGUGGAUAAAUUUCAAGAUAUUCAUUGUAUGACUGAAGAAUCUAAAAAGAAAGGAGAGAAAGAUCAGGAAGAUAAGCAAAGCUUCGAAGAGACUCGAGUGCAGGAAGUGCAACAUGCUCCAGGGUCUUCUUUGGCUAUAAAAGCUGAAGAGUCUGGAAAGAAACCAGAUACAGAUCAGGAGCCGAAGCCAAAUACCCCCGUGAUCAGAGAACGUGAAAUUCAACCUGCUUCAGUGUCUUCAUCAUAUGUUAAAUCUAUAAAUUCUGCUACCCCUCCUCAUCCUGCUGUCCAUGGGCAUGCUGCUCUACUAUUGGAUCCGGAAGAGUCUGGAAAGAAAGCAGAUACAUAUCAGGAGCUGAAGCCAAGCACCCCUGUGAUUAGAGAACGUGAAAUUCCACCUGCUCAAGUGUCUUCAUCAUCUGUUAAAUCUAAAAGUUCUGCUACUCCUUCUCGUCCUGCUGGCCUUGGGCGUGCUUCUCCGCUGUUGGAUCCGGAAGAGUCUGGAAAGAAAGCAGAUACAUAUCAGGAGGUGAAGCCAAGCACCCCUGUGAUUAGAGAACGUGAAAUUCCACCUGCUCAAGUGUCUUCAUCAUCUGUCAAAUCUAAAAACUCUGCUACUCCUUCUCGUCCUGCUGGCCUUGGGCGUGCUGCUCCGCUAUUGGAUCCUGCUCCUAGGAUGGUGCAACAGCCUCCUGUAAAUGGCUCUGUCUCUCAGGCACAGGCACCACAGAUUGAAGACCCUGCUAAUAGGGAGGCUGAGGAGAGUGAUGAGACUCGUGAAAAGCUUCAGUUGAUUAGAGUUAAGUUUUUGCGGCUUGCACAUAGGCUUGGGCAGACUCCUCAUAAUGUUGUUGUGGCACAGGUUUUGUACAGACUAGGAUUAGCCGAGCAGCUCCGGGGAGGAAAUGGAGGCCGAGUUGGUGCCUUCAGCUUUGACCGUGCAAGUGCCAUGGCGGAACAGCUUGAGGCAGUUGGAAAUGAACCACUUGAUUUCUCUUGUACAAUCAUGGUCCUUGGGAAGACAGGAGUUGGUAAAAGUGCUACUAUUAAUUCGAUAUUUGAUGAAGUCAAGUUUGGUACUGAUGCUUUCCAGACCAGUACUAAGAAGGUUCAGGAUGUUGUGGGUACUGUACAUGGUAUUAAGGUGCGUGUAAUUGACACACCAGGCCUUCUGCCUUCCUGGUCUGACCAACGCCAGAACGAGAAGAUCCUUCACUCUGUUAAGCAUUUCAUUAAGAAAACACCUCCAGAUAUUGUGCUGUAUCUUGAUAGGUUGGACUUGCAAACCAGGGAUUUUGGUGAUAUGCCCCUCUUGCGCACCAUCACUGAGAUCUUUGGUCCAUCUAUAUGGUUUAAUGCGAUUGUGGUUCUGACUCAUGCAGCUUCUGCUCCGCCUGAUGGUCCAAAUGGUACUGCUUCUAGUUAUGACAUGUUUGUCACUCAACGCUCUCAUGUUGUCCAGCAGGCUAUUCGGCAGGCAGCUGGGGAUAUGCGGCUCAUGAAUCCUGUUUCAUUAGUGGAGAACCACUCUGCAUGUAGAACAAAUAGGGCAGGCCAGAGAGUGUUGCCAAAUGGUCAGGUUUGGAAGCCGCAUUUGUUGUUGCUUUCCUUUGCAUCUAAAAUGUUGGCUGAAGCAAACACACUUUUAAAGUUGCAAGAUACUCCUCCAGGAAAGCCUUUUGCCACUCGAACAAGAACACCUCCUUUACCUUUCCUUCUUUCGUCUCUUCUUCAAUCAAGACCGCAAGUUAAGCUGCCUGAAGAGCAGUAUGGUGAUGACGAUGGAUUAGAUGAUGAUUUGGAUGAGUCUUCAGACUCAGAGGAUGAAUCAGAAUACGAUGAGUUGCCACCUUUUAAGCGGUUGACUAAAGCACAGAUAGCAAAGCUUACUAAAGCUCAGAAGAAGGCAUAUUUUGAUGAGUUAGAAUAUAGGGAAAAACUUUUUAUGAAAAAGCAACUGAAGGAAGAGAAAAAGCGGCAGAAGAUGAUGAGGAAAAUGGCUGCUGCAGAUAAGGAUCUGCCGAGUGAGUAUGGUGAAAACGCAGAAGAAGAAAGUAGUGGUGCAUCUUCUGUUCCAGUUCCCUUGCCAGAUUUGGCCUUACCUGUUUCUUUUGAUUCUGAUAAUCCUACUCAUCGGUAUCGCUUCCUUGAUUCCUCCAACCCUUGGCUUGUGAGGCCUGUUCUAGAUGCUCAUGGUUGGGAUCAUGAUGUUGGCUAUGAAGGUAUUAAUGUAGAAAGAUUGUUCGUUGCCAAAGAUAAAUAUCCUAUUUCAUUUUCUGGCCAGAUUACGAAGGACAAAAAGGAUGCCAAUGUCCAAAUGGAGCUAGCCAGUUCUUUAAAGCAUGGGGAAGGUAAAGCAACUUCAUUAGGUUUUGAUAUGCAGACUGUUGGAAAGGACUUGGCCUACACUCUGCGCAGUGAGACAAGGUUUAGUAAUAUCAGGAAGAAUAAGGCAUCAGCUGGCAUCUCAGUUACACUCUUAGGUGAUGCAUUAUCAGCUGGAGUGAAAGUUGAAGACAAAUUGAUUGCUAAUAAGCGGUUACAAGUAGUCAUGACUGGGGGUGCUAUGACUGGUCGUGGGGAUCUUGCUUAUGGGGGCAGUUUGGAAGCACAAUUGAGGGAUAAGGAUUACCCUCUGGGUCGCUCCUUGUCUACACUUGGGCUUUCUGUCAUGGAUUGGCACGGAGAUCUUGCCAUUGGAUGCAAUAUACAGUCACAGGUUCCUGUUGGACGGUCUACAAACUUAAUAGCACGUGCCAAUUUGAAUAAUAGAGGUGCAGGACAAGUCAGUAUACGAAUGAAUAGCUCGGAACAGCUUCAGCUAGCCUUGGUUGCUCUCCUUCCACUAAUGAAAAAGCUACUUGAGUAUCCCAAACAAAUGCAGUAUGGACGGUGAUGGAAAUUAGGUUACAAGUGCUAUAGCAGCUAUGCGGUUAUAGGACAUUUUUAAAAUGGCCAUCUCUCAGUGGUCUUCAAGAGUAAGCGAAAGUAAGGUUUUGAAAUUUCUAUAAUUUUCCUUUUUAAAAAAAAAGAAAAAAUCUCAACAAUAUCAUCUCGGAUUAUUGCGGUUGUAGUUUCUUUCUUUGAUAUUUUGCAUAAGUUUAUUUUUGUUCCCAUGAACCCAUGCUCAAGAAUUGCUUCUUUUCAAUUGUAAUCGGUCCUCUUGCCUUUAUUAUAUUUCUUCUGUGAGUGCAGAAACUCGUUCUUCUUGAAUUUUGUUGGUCCCAUUCACCACCAUUUUUAUUUCUGUGCCUGUUAAUUCUAGGCUAACAUGGUGCCUCGAACCACUACUAGAUACUUGUCAAGAGAAGAGCUAAUGUGUCAAAUUUGUUAGGUGUGUCUUUUUAUAUUUCAUGCUAGAAGAAGAAUGCUGCCAAAAAUCAAUGCUAAACUGAGUUAUAGGCUGCCGAUUAGGGGAAAGUAUGAUAAACGUUUUUGUCAUCAUCGUAAGUUAAUGCUCAAAUCAGUUCUCCUGGACUUGAAAACUUCAGAACGAGGAGUUUGGUUUUAUUCUCUACAGUCCUCAUUGCAUUAC